CAUGAUUCUUAAACUCUAUCUAAAAUAUUCUCUCUAUAUAUUUUUAAUAUUUUCCAUGUAUAUUAUAUUAUCUAUAUUUAAAGUUCAUAAUUAUCCUUCAACAAUAUCAUUUCUAAAAUACGAAUUUAUAAACAAACCAUUUACUUUUAUUAUCUUAACCUAGUUAAAUUUGGGGUUUUACAAUUAAUUUUAAUUGUAAUUUUGAGCAGACAUGGCAUAUAGGAGUAAAGUAGACAUCUUUUAUUCCACUAACUGGUUUUGUUUCUCAUUCUAACAUUAUUUGGCAGCUAGAUCUGUGCUUGUGUUCACACCAAGAUCCCCUCCAAAAAAAAAAAAUAUGGAAGCUCUACUCUCUGAAUUCACCUUCCUCUCAGAUCAAGCAUUACAAGACAAGAACUUUGAUCCAUCCACCAUAGAAGACCUAAUGAAGCUGUUUGAGAUUGAAUCAUACAAGGCAUGGGCAGCUAUGGAGCUUGAACAAGAAGAGGAAGUGAAAGAAGCUGAAACAAGCAUGCAGCAAGCUGAGGGUUAUCUUGACUCAGUCAUGGAAGCUGCGAUGGAUGAGUUUAGGCGGUUGGAGGAGGAAAUGGAACGCAUGGCAAAGGCUGAACUGAAGGACCUGGAAGACACAGCAGACAAGGCUAGAAAAAUGGGAAACCUGAUGGAAAAAGCUGCCGCUAUCGCCUCCAAAAAGUACGUUGAGGCUGCACUUAAUUCUGCUACUGCUUCUAUGAAAUCUGCUUGGAAAGGACUUUCUUCUAAAAAGGUUCAUCCUUCAUGAAAUGAAGCUCUUGUUGUAUCUUACAUAUAAUAUAAUUGAAAUACCCCUUGUUCUGGGUUUUCUUUCUUUCAUGUCACUGUAUGUUUUUCAUAAAAAGUAAUUAAAAUCCAUGAACUGGAUCUGGAUUUCUCCAGGAAUAAGAAAA